ACGCUUACCGUCGCGCGGCGGCGUGCGGGAGCGGCGAGGCUCCGGUUUCGAGAGCUGCUCGCGCUAGCGGCGCGGCGUCGGCGUUUCGCGGUCGCGCUCGCCGCCGGCUCUCCCAGCAGGCCCUGCACAGAUUGUGCUCUCCCACAGUGGCAGCUUCACGCGUCGCCGCGAUAGCGAUUGUGCAGGUCGCUCGUGGACCGUUGGUGCUUUUGAACGGCGAGAGCGCUUACAGCUGUAACCGAGCGGGCAGUCCGAGGACGGUGAGCACCUCGACUCUGCUUGUUGCUCCAGCACGACUGCAAACGUGCUCACCACGCGCCGCACAGUGCGAAACGCGUAAAACCGGCUCGCAGGAGUCGAAAGAGGCCCGAAACGCAGGGAACUGUGCGAGUGCGUAGGCUGCCGCCGCGUCGCCGCCGCGCAAAUUGAGCAGCUCAUGCGCUCGGCAUUGGUGCUCAUGUACGCCUGCCUCGGCCGCGUGGCGGGCCUGACGGCGCGCGCCGCGGUGCGGCGGCGGCCGCACGUGUUGCGGGCGGUCGCCACCGAUGCUGACAUGGACAAAGCCUUACAAGCGAAGUCGCCCUUCCUCCGCGAGUUCGCCAGCCGCGGCUACCUCGCGCAGUGCACCGACAUUGAAGGGUUAGAUGAAAAACUCACGGAAGGCAGGGUCUCCGCUUACUUAGGCUUUGAUGCGACUGCCGACUCAUUACACGUCGGCUCGCUGCUCCAGAUCAUGAUCUUGAGAUUAUUGCAGAAGCACGGCCACCGGCCCGUCGUGCUCGUUGGGGGCGGCACGACGAAGGUCGGCGACCCGUCGGGCAAAGACGAGUCCCGCCAAUUGCUCGAUGAAGCUACAAUCCAAAGUAAUAUAGACGGCAUCUCUAGCGUCUUCGACAAAUUUAUUGAAUUUGGUACGGAUAAAGCGAUCCUGGUGAACAACGCUGAUUGGUUGGAUUCGCUGGGUUAUGUGGAGUUCCUGCGCACGGUGGGCGCGCAAGUGACGGUGAACCGCAUGUUAUCGUUUGAGAGCGUCAAGCAGCGGUUGGGGCGGGAGCAGCCCCUGUCUUUUCUCGAGUUCAACUACAUGCUGCUGCAGGCCUACGACUUCCUCGAGCUCUACCGGAGGGAGGGCGUCGAGCUCCAACUGGGCGGGUCGGACCAGUGGGGUAAUAUUGUCAGCGGCGUCGAGCUCACGCGCCGCGUCGAGCAGGGCAAGGUCAUCGGUCUGACGGCCCCGUUGUUGCAGACCGCCGACGGGCGCAAAAUGGGCAAGACGGCGGCAGGCGCGGUCUGGCUCUCGCCCGAGAAACUGAGUCCCUUCGACUACUGGCAGUUCUGGCGCAAUUCGGCGGACGCCGACGUGAUUCGAUUUAUGAAGCUGUUCACGGAGCUCGAGUUGAGCGAGAUCGAGGAGAUGGCGGGCCAACUCGCCACGGAAACAGGACCUACCUUUGUGAAUGCGCUGAAAAGACGCCUCGCGGACGAGUGCACUACUUUACUGCACGGUGCGGACUGUCUACCGGCGAUCCACGAGACGGCGGACUCGUUGUUCAAGAACAAGGGCGGGAACCUCGCAGAUUUGCCUCGCGUCGAGGUCGCCGAGGCUUCGAUUUCAGUGGUCGACGCCUUAAUCGCGGCCGAGUUCGCCAAGUCCAAGGGCGAAGCUAAACGUCUCAUCAAGGGCGGCGGCGCGCGCGUCGACGGCGUGAAGGUAGAGGACGUCGAGCAGGAGGUCGCGCUGGCCGGCGCCGAGGUGAAGCUCUCGUCGGGGAAGAAGAAGCACGCGCUGCUUGUUGGUGGGGGUAAGUAAGUGGGGUUAGUUGACACCUUCUUUUCGGCUAGCGGCGUGUAAGACACUAGGGACAAGCAUCGAUUUUAAACGCACAACUUUGACGCCGUGAACGGCGAGUUCACAGGACCUAAAAGCGCGCUAUAUAUUGAACAAAUCACUCACGCAAAACGAUGCAUUCGGUACUGGCGAAAGCGCGCCGCGAGGAGGCCGACAAGAACCGCGACCAGACGCGCGGCGGCGCGCGCGCGUCGCCGGAAAAAAAGCGCACGCGCAAGCAGACGAAGACCGAAGGCAUGGUUAACUCUCAAGAGCUGACGGAGGUCGACAUGGUCGACGGCGCGACGGCGUGGCACGGCCCAAAACCGCAGUAUGCUAAGACGCCGAAAGGAAAUAAAUUAAGGCCGGUCCGGGACGACACGAAGACGAGGUCCUACGUCGUCAUAGAGGCGCAGCGCCAGGGCGCGGCGCGCUACUUUGAGCUCACAGUCGCGAUCUGUUACGAGGGCAUGGACGAAAAAGAAAAAGCCAAGGCCCUCUUAGAAGCGUUCAAGCAGUGGAUUUACGGCGUCACGACGACCUACGCUCACGUUCUCUACACUCGCAUCACGUAGGUCGAAGAACGGCGCGCGGCGCGCGCGGCGCCGAAACGCGCUCCUGGACGUGGCCGCGCGGAUGAAAGAUGGCGAGUUCAAGUGGAAGGGCAUGGGGCACUGGAGAGCGGAGUGUGAGCGCGAGCAGGUCAUCCUCGACACGGAAGGCGACGUCACCAUGGUGCAGGCCCUCGACGAGGGUUUGAGGAAGUUAUGUAGGAAGAAGGGCUUCAAAUUGUUCGGCGCGAACGGCAAGCCCAUCCCCUUCGCGGACGCCGCCAAUGUCAUCCGCAACCCCAAAAAGGGGGCGCUCCACAUGGCCGACGACCGCUACGCCCAGGAGAACGAGGAAGUGAGCGCCCGCGUCUUUUUCCUGUUUCUUCGACUAUCCUGCUGACACGAGCAGGAGCCCGCAGGAGAGAGGCGGGCCGUCGCCCGUUUCGCACGAGAGUAAAUUUUUUUCGUUGAACUUGACAUUGAACUUGGAUUGGCACUCACAGGCGCGCGCGGCAUUCGGCGGGGCCCGCCGGAGCAUCCGCACGUGGCGGGACAAUUUCAAGGGCUACCUCAACGAGAAUUUCGGCUACGAGGGCUUCUUCGAGAAGAUGGCCCUCAACGCGUUCGACUACGGCCUCUCCGAGGACACCAUCAAGAACCUCGUCAAGCAUCGGUUUUUCCAAACCGACCACAUCCUCGGCACGAUCUGCGACGACCUCGAGAAUUUUUUUCUCAUGCCCGCCCCCCUCAACAAUCGCUUCGACUUCCAGACCCGGCAGAAUUUCAAAAAGAAAUACACCGGGUCCGCGUGGGCGAGCGUUCGUUUAUUUGUCAAGCAGGCGCUCGCGCUGCAGCGCAAGUUCGGCCGCUACUAAUUACUAAGUACUAGAACUUCUCUCUCUUUCUCGCACAUCGAGCGCUGAGCGGCAGGAUCCCUCCGCGGGCGCCGCCGAGUACGACGCGUGACGCCCGAAGUCCGCGCCCCCCAGGAUACCGUUGCGGUAAUCUGAGGGCCGCUCGGUCUGCCGUUGGCUGUGACGCGAGCGGUGUUAGUGAUCAUCGAGCACUUUAUGUAGACUCAGCACGCCGACGGCGUACAGAUCAGGCGACUCGACACCGUCGAAGAGCCAACAGCCGGCGCGGCGUCACCAUCUGCACGUGGCCAUCCGAUGCCGAAGCAGUGGGCAAAAAGCGUGGUAGGUCACACAGCAGCGCGACGCGUCCGUUGUAGUGCCGUGUCACGCUGGGCGCGACGCGGCUUUAAGCGACGAAACC